GCAACUAGACAUCGAGUGACUGGGACUGGGUUCUUUGACCAGUCAGUAAUCUACGAUUCACGUCACCGCGUUGCCUCCAGUAUAAAUUGUGCCUCUGUCCGGCGAGUUCUCCCGUUCACCGCCAGCUCUACACCAUGACAGACAUCAGUUACGAGGAUCUAGUGGGGAAGGUGAAGGACAUGACGGUGGUGGACGUGAGGACCCGCGAUGAGGUGGUGCAGCAAGGUCAGCUGCCACACUCUCAUGUCCUGCCCGUGCAGGAGCUGGAGGAGGCUCUCAUGCUGUCGCAGGAGAGCUUCAAGGAAAAGUACGGGUUUCCUCUGCUGGAUACUUCCGACGAGAACCUGGUGAUUACUUGCAGGUCUGGCCGUCGGGUGGGAAUUGCCAACGACAUCCUUAAAGCCAAAGGAUUCACCAAACACAAGUUGUAUCGCGGAUCAUUCCUGGAGUGGACUGAGCGAGGCGGUCCUGUUGUGAAGCCGGGGCAACCCUACGAACCCAGUAAUUGAGCACUGAACGGCUGCUCUUGCUCUUCUCGGUGAGUCAGCGGGCUGGGCUGGAGUGGCUAAGACAACACAGUGUACACCUGUUGGACCUUGACAGAGGUUUGCUGUAGUUUGUAUAUGCUGUAGAAAUGCGUUCCAUGGAAACAUAUACCACAACAAAA